GGGACUGAUCACGGGCAGCCGCGGUUCAUUUUUCUCCUAAUUGCUUCCUCUGCACCGCGUUCCGUGGCCGUUCCUCUUCCGCAGCGCCGCCGCUUCCCUCCCCAUCGGCUUGCUGGAGCGUUGGUCCAGUCCAACGGCUCCUGGGCAACAGAAUGGACAAGAUGGCGGCGGUGCGGCGGUCUUUGGGGCCCCUCUGAAGGUGACUUCCUGCACUGGAUUGCGGGCGAUGUCGGACUCGGAGUCGGAGGAUGAAGGCGCCAACAGGCAGCUCAAGUUCGUGUUGUUGGGCGAUGGCGCCUCCGGCAAGACCUCCUUAGCUACUCGUUUUGUUCACGAUUCUUUUGGAAAGCAAUACAAGCAAACCAUAGGACUUGACUUCUUUUUGAAAAGAAUAACACUCCCAGGAAAUAUAAAUGUUACUCUUCAUGUAUGGGAUAUUGGAGGCCAAACAAUAGGAAGCAAGAUGUUAGACAAAUAUAUCUAUGGUGCACAGGCUAUCCUUUUGGUGUAUGAUGUUACGAACCAUCAGAGCUUUGAAAAUUUAGAAAAUUGGCAUAAUGUUGUAAAGAAGGUCAAUGAAGAGUCAGAAACUCAACCACGUGUGGCCCUUGUAGGCAAUAAAAUUGAUUUGGAACAUAUGCGGACAGUAAAAAUUGAUAAACAUCUUCAAUUUUGCCAGGAAAGUCAUUCUAGCAGUCAUUUUGUAUCAGCAAAGACAGGUGAUUCUGUGUUCCUGUGUUUUCAAGGAAUUGCAGCUAACCUCGUUGAUGUCAAAUUAAACAGAGCAGAAAUAGAACAAUUACAGAAUGUAGUGAGGGCGGAUAUUGUAAACUAUAGCCAGGAGCCUGAAACAAGAAGCGUUCACUCUCCUCGGAGCUCAAUGUGUACAAUUCAGUGAGCAUUUUCUUUUUUGUACAGUGCUCCUUUGGCUGCCUUCGCCCAACAAUGGAGUUGCCGGGAAUGUUGUUUUAACAGGGAACAUGACUGUAGUACAUUUACAAGUAUAUAUAUAUAUAUAUAUUGUAUAUAUACAAUAUAUACCAUAUUUUUCAGACUACAAGAUGUUCCGAACCAAG